AGUACCACUGUCCACGGUGCCGCUACGAAGUACCCUAAACCGAUAACCCCCACAAACAUUGGGGCGGAGAGAGUUACCAAACGCGGAACAUGGAUCCCUCUGCAUCUGACCCACUCGCUGGGUUGGAGGCAAGCAAGCCAUUGACAGCUUUCGAGCUUCUCCAGCUGCAUUAAUAGAUCAAGAAGCAGCAGAGUAAUUGCAGCCGCCUCCAUUCAUUGUCCCCCAUGAGGUCUCCCUCGGACAAACAGGACAAGAAAGCAAUGUACGGCUCGGCAACUUGCUUUCUGUUGCUUUGUGGAUGCAGUUUUGCGUUAUUGUGUUUUGAUCACCACCUUUUCGAACUAGUGGGGAUUUCUACCACCACACUGACUGGAGCCGUUGAAACGAGAAGUAUUCCCUUGACCAACGGCACAUUCCACAAGCAUCAUGAUAUAAUACCGUCCAAUGAUACCACCCAAAAUAUUACCACUCACCAGAUCACAGAUACUGCCGUGUUAUCUACCCCACUACCGGUAGCAAUCUCAGAGGCAUCCGAUUUUACAGCUCAACAAUCUACUACAAGUACUACUGCUAUCCAUAAUUACACAGACUUGGAAUUUAAAUUCUACCAACGCCACUACGACAUGCUGCACAGAAUAGCACAGCACGAUUACAUGAUGUGGGGAUUUGAUAAAAUGGACGGUCUCUUUGCCAGUGUGACGCGGUACAAGGUCAAAGACAGUGACUUGGCUUAUCAUUUGGAACAGCAGCAGGCAGUCACCGACCAUGACUCGCCCAUUCUGGGAAAUCGAGGCAACAACCGCAUUGUUCAUUUCCAUGCAAAGCAUGAAAGUCUGUGUCAAGCGGCUCUACUCUUUAAUCAAUACCGAGACCAACCCAAUGCAAAGCCAUGGCCACACGUGCUGCUCUUUGGCUUUCAACAAGAUUUGGGAGGUUUGGGGAGUAUGAUUCAUGGAGAAACCACUGCCACUGCCAGAGAUGUUUCCCUAGUGUGGAAGAGAAUGGGCUGCAAAAAGAGUUUUAUCCUCCAAUACCUCAAUCAUCCCGACACGCUGGCAGCCAUUACCAGCCAAUUUCAUUACAAAUGGGAUCACCCCAAGACACACUCCAUCCCACUUGGAAUCAUGGAUGCCACUGUGGUGGAAGCCGCCUACAAGGUGACUCGCAAACUGCCUCCACCCACAACCCUGUCAUCUGCCACACGAGAACGAGAAAUGUUGCUCAGUUUCAGUCUCAAAAAGGAUUCACGGGCAAGGGCACAAAAACAAUUGGAUUACAACUUUCGUGAUUCCAACAUUUCCACGGCACAAACGUGGGCCAAGAACAGAGACAAGAAAAAGAAAACAUCCAAAAUUGAGUUUUUCCAACUCUUGUCCCAAUCCAAAUUCAUUCUCAGUCCUCAUGGACUUGGAUUGGAUUGUUAUCGAACGUGGGAAGGUUUGUGGAUGGGAGUGAUUCCCAUUCUGGAAUCUCUUGGUGACAAGCGCAUGCCCGAUGGCUGGUUCCGGACAUUGGAUGACUUGCCAGCCCUUGUUGUGGAGAGCUAUGCCCAAGUAACACCGGAACUCUUGGAACAGACGUACCAUGAAAUAUUGGAAAAAUGGGAUACCUACAAUUGGGAAAAACUCACCAAAACCUGGUGGGUCAAUUGGAUUCAUCACUUUUUGGAGCCAGUGGAUGGGUGAUUUAAUCAAGCCUGGGGGCUCAUUAUACGACACUCUACAAUAGCAACAACAGGAGCGGCCCUGUGGUCAGCAGCUUUUGAUUGGUUCGACAACACCCAUCGUCAGUGCAGGUUCAGGGAAAGCAUUUCAAAGCUUUAGUUUCACCACGGCUGCAUACUUUUGUGGAACAUAGUGUCCCAAAACGCAUUCAUUUUUGCCUGAAUUUGUUCUGUUUGUCAGGAUGGAGUCAUUGCUUGCUUGACCGACACAUGACCCUACAUUAUCUUGCGGCCUUCAAAAACCAGACUGCACGUGGAUUUAUGACAUAAUAUAUAUGGCCUGUGGAAACAACUGGUUAGAGUUAGUAUUCAUUGGAGAACCCCCAGCAAUCAUCUAAUUAAUUAACUAACCGAGAAAGGCUAUGAUUUGCACUUGCCCAGCUCAUCUGAUCCAGCUCUCGAGACACGCUCAAGAUGGUUGUGAUCCAAAUAAAUUGGACUGUGUCCUUGGGUCAAGACAGUUUUUCAAUGGUCGACGAGGCAAGGGCCGCCGCCGUAAAGAAUUCGAAACACAUUACUAGUAUUCGAUCCAACUAACUGACGGGCAUCCCAACC